AUGAUGCCUUUCUCCAUCCCAGAAUCGAACUCAGGGACAUCCAGUAAUGCCGAAGAUGGAAGAGGCUCAGCUCCAGGACCCAGAAGAGGACGACCUGUGGAGACGCCGGCAGCCGGAUCUGUUAGUAAUCGGAAGGAAUCUGCCAUUGACAUCCUCAAGAAAAAAGUCGAAGAGUUAGAGAAGGCCAAGGAAGACAUUGGGAACGAGUUUCUUAAUUUUACAGCAGUUAUUCUGGAGAAGGAUGGUGUAAGGAACAGCCCUGAAAUCGUUGAACACAUCAAAAAGUCGACCAUCAACAUUCUCGCCAGUACUCGAGAGGUUCAUCAGACCAGCGAAACGGAAGACCAAGACAUGGAACAAGUUUCAUCCAUUGAUGAAGUCUCAACCAGAGCUUCAACGGGCCACACGUUCAGUACAGAUCAAGUACAUUCACUUGGCUUCCCAAUGGCUGACCAUGUACCGGAACUCGAAUUUGAUAACCUGCUCGACCAAACCACCAAUACAGAAACCACUAUGCCAUCCUUGAAUUACAACAUCUCACCGCCAUCAGCGUUUGAACAAAGUUCUUACUUCCAGCUUCCCAUCAACCAGACACCAGAAUAUACCAUUUAUCAACUCCCUGGAGCCACCUACGAUACUUCACUACCUUGUGCCCGAUCGUAUAGUUCACAGGAAGCCACGUUCGGAAGGCGUUACCAUAGGGCGUCUCAAGAAGCUGCCUUCCUUCUCGCCUCCAUGAAGCACUCACCACCCACCUGGUACAAAAAGGUUUUUGGGUUUUGUUUGCACUUCGAGACAAGAGAGGAGAUCACUCAGCGACUGGGCGAUUCUGUGCGGAAAUCUCGCGAGGAGACUUUGAACAACUGGAAAUUUCCCUUCACAAACGUUGGUGGUGCCGGACUUUUCUAUCCAAACCAAGGAUAUGGCAAUAGCGACUUGCCUGUUGGAAACCGAUAUCUCCAAAGUGAGACUUACAGACCAUCGGAGAUGUCAGGAUUCUCCAUGGGUCCAUUCGGACCGUCUAUUGAACAAGUCCGAGAUAUUCGUCUCAAUGAGCAAUUACGCAUCAUCGAUUCUAAUUAUGAAGGCGACUUUUUUGAUGCGGAUGAAAUCGAGAUUUCUUUGAGAGGCUAUGGUGUUACGAUACCUCCAAGCAAAGACUUUGUGACGGCUUACAUCGACAUGGCCAUGUUCGAGAGGGCAGAAGCCCGGGAGACGACCGAGUCUCGAGCUGAAGAUCCAGUCACACCACCUGAUAUUUCAGCAGAUUCAGGGCACCUGUUCGAAGAUACUUCACUUUCAUCUGAUACGGAAGCUACAUCUUUGCACUGCCCUGUUGGUUUGAUGGGUAUGGCGAUGGGAGCGAUGCCUCCACAGCCGAAACCGCAACCGCAAAGCCAGUGGAAGACACCUACAAGAAGGGAAACAAAGGUAAUGAUCGACGUAGAAAGAUUAAUCACAGGUAAGCUGAACUCCUAA